UUUGAAACUGCUGUCGAACCGAAAGUUAUGUCAAAGUAAUUUGACAAAAAUGUCUGUAGUAUUCACCACUGGUUCGCAGCUGUUAAAGCAGCAAACUGGAAUAUUCGGCAUUGCUUGUGUGCGGUUGAAUAACUACAGCAGCGACAACAAAGCCCUAAACUUGGCCAGCUUAAAACGAGGUACCGGCGGCAGGAGCAGUUUCAAUGGUGUUGUUGCAACUGUGUUUGGAGCCAGUGGUUUCCUUGGCCGAUAUGUUUGCAAUAAACUUGGGAAAAUUGGCUCACAAGUCAUUAUCCCAUACAGAGGUGAUGGUUAUGAAGUAAUGAGAUUGAAAUUGGUGGGUGACCUAGGUCAAGUAUUUUUCCAUCCUUUCGAUCUAAGAGAUGAAACCUCAAUAAGAAAGGCAAUCAAGUAUUCCAAUGUUGUUAUCAAUUUGGUGGGCAGAGAUUGGGAGACCAAGAACUUCAAGUUCAAGGAUGUCCAUGUUGAUGGGGCCCGCAGAUUGGCCAGAUUGGCUAAGGAAGCUGGAGUUGAAAGAUUCAUUCAUGUGAGUGCUUUGAACUGUGCUGAACAUCCCACCUCUUACAUUCUCAAGGGAGGCUCCAAAUUUUUAUCAAGCAAGUACCAGGGAGAACAAGCUGUUUUGGAGGAAUUUCCCUGUGCUACUAUUCUUAGGCCUUCUGAUAUUUAUGGUCAAGAGGAUAGAUUUGUGAGAUAUUACACACACAUUUGGAGGAGAGUGGGACAGUAUUUGCCAUUGUUGGACAAAGGUGAAAGGACAAUAAAACAACCUGUCCAUGUCAGUGAUGUUGCUGCAGCUAUUAUUGCAGCUAUCAAAGAACCUGAUACUGCUGGACAAAUCUACCAAGCUGUUGGUCCAAAAAGAUACUAUUUGUCGGAACUCGUAGAUUACUUCUUCCGUGUGAUGAGGAGAGACACGGAUUACGGCUACAAACGCUACGACAUGCGUUGGGAUCCUCUGUUCAAAAUGCGCGUCACACUGACCGAAAAACUCUCGCCUAACUUCCCCAUUGGUAAUCUACACUGGGAGAAAAUCGAAAGAGAACACCUCACUGACGAGGUCGUAUCCGAUAUUCCAACCCUCGAGGAUUUGGGAAUCAAUCUGACGACUGUAGAAAAUCAAAUGCCUUGGGAACUGAAACCAUGGACUUAUGGUCUGUACCAUGGAGUGGAUGCUGAUGAACCAUUUGCUCCUCCAGAACCACCAAAAGCUGUCGUUUAGAUUAUUUAAAUUUGUAUAUUAACUUGUCAAGAAUCCAUUGUAUCAGAUGUAUAUAAGUAAUAAAAGAAAACUACAGA